CAAUAACAAAUUGCCAUGUAGCAGGAAUAUUUUGGGGAUUAUCAAAAUUCAUAUUUAUAUAUAUUGCAAAUGUUGUUUAUCAAAAAUUAGAUAAAGAAUAGGAAAUCAUAUCAUCAUGAGCAGCAAAUAUUUCUAAAUAAAAACAAAGCAGCUGAAACUUCAGGUACUCUCUCUCUCUCUCUGAGUUAUUACUUACAAGGUUUCAUAGGCAUGGGACCUUGGUACAUCUUUGUCAUUCCUAUUCCUAUUUUUAUACUACGUAGAAAGUUGUAAACUGUCAAAGUAGUUUCUCAUAAUUUCUUGCAGAAGCAGCAGAAAAGGUCCUGAGAAAAACUACUCUCCCAUCCCACCGCUUUGAAAAAGGUUUUCCCUCAAAUCAUUCUCAAUUCCUCUCUCUCUCUCCAAAAUUUUUUUACCACAAUAAUCAAUUAUCUUUAAGGGUAAAAAAAAUUAGAAAAGAAACACCCAUCUAUUGUUUAUCUUUUGUUCUAAAGUCUAAACCUUUUGAACACCGAACACAAUCUCUUCCACUUUUUCCUCUCUUUCUAUGAACAGUACUUGAACACAUACACAAAAGCCUGAAAUUUUUUUUCUUCUUCAGAAUCUAAUAGAAUACAUGAUUUCCAAACAAACCCACUUCUAGUUUUUCAUUGUCUCCCAUCUCUAUCACUCUCUCAAGCCCCUUAAACCUAGACUCUGUUUUUUUCUCUUUCUUUCUUGUAAAGCCACAGUCAAAACUCACAUGUCUACUACUACUACAACUCCAAAUCCAAUAGACCAACAACAACAACAACAACUGCCACCUCCAUCUCCAGAGGCUGUGACCCAACAAGCCUACAAAGCUCAUUCGGGUCACGGGUCGGUGGGUCCGGUUAUAGCUGUUCUUGCAGUGAUCACUAUUCUUGGAGUGAUAGCUGGGAUGAUCGGACGGCUCUGCUCGGGUCGGCGUAUUAUGGGUCAUGGACAGUACGACUUCGAGAGCUGGGUUGAGACCAAAUGCUCGUCUUGCCUCGACGGCAGAGUAGACCCUCCUCCGCCGCCACGUCAGCCACCUCCAGAUAUUUCUGAUCAGCCUUUGCCGGUGGAGAACCCUCAAGAGAUUAAGGAAGAAGAAGAUGAAGAAGACGAAGAUGAAGAAGAAGAAGAAGCUCAUGAAAAUAAACAACAUGGACAUAAACAUGGUGAAUCUUCACAAGUGUUAUAGCAUAUUUUUCUCUUUCUCUCUCUCUCUCUCUCUCUCUCUCUCUCUCAUUUUAUGAAAUGGGUUCUUUGAUAA